UCUAUGGGGGAAGGGGGGAGGGAACGCUGACUCUGGAGGCUGCUGGGAUUAGGGUGGGGGUGUGUGAGAGCUGCCCUUCUGUACCAGCAAAGAGCCUCCCGGUGAGGAGAGGAAGGAGAGAGAUGAAACUGGCCCGGUCUGCGGGGGAAACGCGACAGUCUUGUUAGAGGGACAGUGUCUUGGUAAUGUCCAGGGCGCCAGGAAGAGAUGUCCUUGUGGCUGGAGGCUCCAGAGCCUGAUGUUUGUCCUGGCUCAGAUUCUGCCACGGAGUUGUGGAAGGCAGAAACCGAAGAUGCAAAAGACCAGGGAGGCAAGAGCGGCGUCCUCAGGGAGGAAGCUAGGAUGCCCCAGUCUGCUGAAAGUGCUUUCAGAAUGGGGUUGGAGGCAGCAGAGCCCACAGCCCUGCUUCCCAGGGCAGAAGCUUUUCCAGAGCCUACAGAGCUUCGUCCGCAAAAGCGAAAAAAGGGGCCAGCCCCCAAAAUGCUGGGGAAUGAGCUGUGCAGCGUGUGUGGGGACAAAGCGUCUGGCUUCCACUACAAUGUGCUAAGCUGUGAGGGCUGCAAGGGAUUCUUCCGCCGCAGUGUCAUCAAGGGAGCCCGCUAUGUUUGCCACAGCGGUGGCCACUGCCCCAUGGACACCUACAUGCGACGGAAAUGCCAGGAGUGUCGGCUUCGCAAAUGCCUCCAGGCUGGCAUGAGGGAGGAGUGUGUCUUGUCAGAAGAGCAGAUCCGCUUGAAGAAACUGAAGCGGCAAGAAGAGGAACAGGCUCAAACCACAUCAGUGUCCCCAAGGGUUUCCUCAGCUCCCCAAGUCCUGCCCCAGCUCAGCCCGGAGCAACUGGGCAUGAUCGAGAAGCUGGUUGCCGCGCAGCAGCAGUGUAACAGACGCUCCUUUUCUGACCGACUUCGAGUCACGCCUUGGCCCAUCGCACCUGACCCUCAAAGCCGGGAAGCCCGGCAACAGCGCUUUGCCCACUUUACCGAGCUGGCCAUCGUGUCUGUGCAGGAGAUUGUUGACUUUGCCAAACAGCUUCCUGGCUUCCUGCAGCUCAGCAGGGAGGACCAGAUCGCCUUACUGAAGACCUCUGCGAUUGAGGUGAUGCUUCUGGAGACAUCACGGAGGUACAACCCUGGGAGUGAGAGCAUCACCUUCCUCAAGGAUUUCAGUUAUAACCGGGAAGACUUUGCCAAAGCAGGGCUUCAGGUGGAGUUCAUCAAUCCCAUCUUCGAGUUCUCCAGAGCCAUGAAUGAGCUGCAGCUGAACGACGCCGAGUUUGCUCUGCUCAUCGCCAUCAGCAUCUUCUCUGCAGACCGGCCCAACGUGCAGGACCAGCUCCAAGUGGAGAGGCUGCAGCACACAUAUGUGGAGGCCCUGCAUGCCUAUGUCUCCAUCAACCACCCCCACGACCGACUGAUGUUCCCACGGAUGCUGAUGAAAUUGGUGAGCCUCCGCACUUUGAGCAGCGUCCAUUCAGAGCAAGUGUUUGCACUUCGCCUACAGGACAAAAAACUUCCCCCACUUCUGUCUGAGAUCUGGGAUGUGCACGAAUGACUGUCCUUCCACCAUGUCCUCUGCGCUGUGAGCAACACUUACGGAGGCUUACUGACUGCUUCCUAGAGGUGGAGCAGACUGAGAAGGGCAAACAUUCCUGGGGGCCCCCCCGAGAAGGAGAUCCUUGUAUGGCAUUAAAGGAGAGUCAAAGGGCUG